AUGGAUGUUUCUCAGGUUGUCCCUCAAAUGGAGGCUCAUUUAGGGAUGGACAUUGCAACUGAAGAAGACUAUACUUCCCAGUCUCAAUUACUUAAAGAGUUCACUGACAUUUGCAACAUUGACGAGGCAUGGAUAUUUAAGUCCAGAAACGGAGAAGGCUCAAAGGGUAUGUUUUCACUUAGCCAGCCAGAUCUUCUGGCAAACAAGAUGAGGAAAUUCAUCCUAUCUGCUCAUAUCUCCAGCGAAACUAGCAAUUCCAUGACCUUUCAAUGGGCCCCAUUCCCUGUCGAGAUGGAAAACGCCUCUAUAACUGUUCCCUCACCCUCGGGCUCCAAGCUUCUUGUAGUGAAAAAUUCUGAAAAUGAUUCUCCAACUCAAUUUGAAAUCUGGGGUUCGUCUCAGUUGGAGAAGGAGUUCUGUGUUCCCCAAUCCGUCCACGGAUCUGUGUUUACAGAUGAUUGGUUCAAGGGCAUAUCUUGGAGCCAUGAUGAAUCUCUGAUUGCUUAUGUUGCCGAAGAGCCAGCUGCUUCCAAGCCCAACUUCGACAGUUCUGGCUAUAAGAAAGUUAAUUCAAAUGAAAAAGAUUGUGGCAGCUGGAAAGGUCAAGGUGACUUUGAAGAGGAGUGGGGGGAAACAUACGCAGGAAAAAAGAAGCCAACUCUCUUUGUUCUGAAUACUAAGAGUGGAGAGGUACGAGCUGUUCGAGGAAUCAUGAGCUCUCUAAGUGCUGGCCAGGUCAUAUGGGCACCAUCAGUUAGAGGCGCGAAUGAAUAUAUGGUUUUUGUUGGGUGGUCAUCAAAUCUGAGGAAGUUUGGCAUCAAGUAUUACAACAACAGGCCUUGUGCAAUCUAUGCGGUCAAAAAUCCAUUCCAUCAAUCAGAAGCUGAUAAAGUUGAUCUCAAAGCUGAUGCUGGGGAAGAAUCUCCUUUGUGUAAUUUAACUCAGAGCAUCAGCAGUGCUUUCUUUCCACGUUUUAGCCCAGAUGGGAAGUACCUUGUCUUUCUAUCAGCUAAGAGUGGAGUGGACUCUGGAGCACAUUGGGAUACUAAUUCACUUCAUAAAAUAGAUUGGUUAAUGGAUAGGAACCUGAGCCUACACAGAAGUAUUGCCGAUGUGGUCCCUAUCAUCAUGAAUGCUGAAGAAGGGUGCUUUCCUGGGCUUUACUGCACCAAUGUGCUUGCUAAUCCAUGGCUUUCUGAUGGAUGCACAAUGAUCCUAACUUCCUCAUGGCGGAGCAGUGAAGUGAUACUUGCGGUUAAUGUGCUGAAUGGCAGUGUAUCAAGAAUCAGCCCUAUGGAGUCAGAUGCUUCUUGGGAAAUUUUUGCUCUUGAUGGAGACAAUGUUAUUGCUGUUUCUAGCAGUCCAGUAGAUGUGCCUCAGCUGAAGUAUGGUUAUCUUAUUGAUAAAACACAAUCAAGUUCUUCAUGGAGUUGGUUGGAUAUUUCAAGUCCCAUAUCCAAAUGUUCUAAGAAGGUAGAAAUGUUGCUCGCAUCUCGUCAAUUCAGACUAAUUAAAAUUCCAGUCGAGGAUGUUUCCACUUGUACAACAAGAGGUGCUACAAACGACUUUGAGGCAAUUUUUGUAUCAUCUAAAUCAAAGAACGAUGUGCCUGAUCCGCUAAUCGUGAUCCUUCAUGGUGGGCCACAUUCUGUCUCCACUUCAAGUUUUUCAAAGUCCGAGGCUUUUCUGUCUUCACUUGGAUUCAGCUUACUGAUUGUGAAUUACAGAGGUUCAUUAGGAUUCGGUGAGGAAGCAUUGCAAUCACUACCGGGAAAAGUUGGUUCACAGGAUGUCAAUGAUGUACUUACAGCGAUAGAUCAUACCAUCGAGAUAGGACUUGCCAAUCCAUCCAAAAUAGCCGUGAUUGGAAUUUCCCAUGGUGGCUUCUUAACCACCCAUUUGAUUGGCCAGGCACCAGAUAAGUUUUGUGCUGCUGCUGCAAGGAAUCCUGUUUGUAACCUCGCAUUAAUGGUCGGCACUACAGAUAUUCCCGAUUGGUGCUACGUAGUCUCAUAUGGUAUCGAAGGGAAGAAUAUUUUCACAGAAGCGCCUUCAGAUGAACACUUGAGUCUUCUAUAUAGCAAGUCUCCCAUCUCACAUGUCCAUAAGGUCAAGACACCUACCCUUUUCCUUCUUGGUGCUCAGGAUCUUCGAGUCCCUGUCUCUAACGGGUUGCAGUAUGCCCGAGCACUAAGGGAGAGAGGAGUAGAUUGUAAAGUCAUCUUAUUUCCCCACGAUGUUCAUGCUAUUAAAAGACCACAAUCUGAUUUUGAAAGCUUCCUGAACGUUGGAGUAUGGUUCAAAAAGUACUGCAAAUGAGCAAGAGAAUGAAGCUGCGCCUUUGCUGUCUGGAUAACGGUUCAGAUGCCUCAAAUCUGGUAUCCAGUCAUUGUCUAGUAAUUUCUUUCGGAACAAUUCUUGUUCUAUUAGGGACAGAAUUCCUCAACUAGUGUCAUAUGACU